AUGCCAUUGCGGUCUCCACCGACAAGAGAUAGAGAGCUAAGUUUUCGCUGCGGUGAUCGUACCCCUGGACAGAAGGCUGACUCCCCCUUGCCCCCGAUCAGCGAGCGCCUGGCCUACCUGCGACCUUCGCGAGAACUGCUGGAGUUUUACCGGCAAAAGGUGGCACAGUUCGAUGGCGAGCAUGACGACCUCCUGCGGUUGCUGGAGAAGUACAGGUCCACAGCUGAAGAUCAGCACAAGCUUCAGUGGGAGUUGAGACAACGGGAGAGUGAAAUCGCCGAGCUUCAGAAGGCCCUGAGCGACAUGCAGGUCUACCUCUUCCAGGAAAGGGAGCAUGCGCUCAGGCUGUAUGCUGAGAAUGACAGGCUCAAGAUCAGGGAGCUGGAGGACAGGAAGAAAAUCCAGCAUCUUCUUGCUCUGGUGGGACCAGAUGUAGAAGAGGUCACCUACUUUCACCGGGAGCCACCGCACAAGGUCACCAUCGCUCAGAAGACUCUCCAGCCCAGUGUUCGGGGACAGAAAAAGACAGAAGGAGCAGAAACACGCCGGAAAGUUUUAAGGUCAGCAAAGGAUGAAGAUGCUACAGUCAGCGCUGAGCAGUACAAGAAGAAUAACCAGACAUUACACCUGCAGGUGGAGGCAUUACAGGCCCAGAUGGAGGAGCAGACUCGUCUGGCCAAGGAGCAGGCGGAAACACUGCUGGAGGACCGGAGGAUCCACAUAGAGGAGGGGCAGGUGCAGCACCAGAGAGACCAAGAUAGGAUCUCUGCGCUUACAGACAAGUUGCAUCACACCCAGAAUCUGCUGUAUGAGAGCACAAGGGACUUCCUGCAGCUCAAGUUUGAGAUGAGGGCCCAGGAGAAGGGUUGGAUGACAGAAAAGGACAAGCUGCUCCGUGAACUGGAUGCCUGCCAGGAAAGACUGAGGGAGGGGCGUGAUCCAGAGCGCAGUAGCCUACAUCUCGCCACAGCUGUUUCUGAACAAGAGUCACGCCUGGUGCAGAAAGAGGAGUUGAAGGCCCUUCGGGAAGAACUGAAACAGGUGCACCGACUAGCAGACAUGUACAGGGAGCAGUGUGUGGGUUUGGAGUCAGAGCUGGCACAGAUCAGAGAAGAGGGUGAUGUGGGCAGAGAAAUAUUUAAGGAACGCUCUGACAAGAUGGCCAAGCGGCUCCAUGUGAUGACACAGCGUUAUGAGGCCCUGGAGAAGAGGAGGGCCAUGGAGGUGGAGGGCUUCAGGAAUGAUAUCAAACAGUUGCGGCAGAAGCUGAAGGAUGUAGAAAAACAGCUUUUUAAGGUGGCAUUGAACAUUGGGCCGAAUCAGGACUUGGCCAUUCUUCACGAGGUUCGCCAAACCAACACACGCACCAGGAAGGUGCAGGAUGACUUGAAGGCACUGAAGGCCAAGAUCUAUGGGUUGGAGAAUGAGCUGCGAUACUGUUGAGAAGAUGCCUCAGCACCGGUCUGAACAUUUUCCACCAAAUGUCCCAUGUAAAGCUGCUUUGGUUAAUGCAUCAAGGCUCUGCCCGCAUCACCCUCUUCUCAGUCUUAACUGUCCUCUGAACAUUUCAUUUGAUGUGCAGCUUCAGCUCCUUCAGACCUCUGCAGUUUUCCAACAUACACUGAAUUUUUACUGUCAAGUUUAGUGGAAUGGCACAUGUAAGAUAUGACUCUUCAAAGAAAGCAACUGAGGUCAGAUGUGUAUUUUUGUGCCUAAAUGCUAAAUUUCUGGAUUGUUUUUUACAUUGAAGAAAUAAAACUUGUUU